GUCACCAGGAUCGUGGUAAACUAGAAGGGAGCGACCACACGUGGAGGGAGCCAAACCACGAGGGGAAGAGUCCAGAUCCUUCACGGUGAAAUUGGCAAAGAGUAAAUAAGGUGGCGUUGUUGCCGGGCUCUCCCGCCCCUCCGAAGGAUGAACUCGGGCAUUUGCCUGUCCUGUGCGGCUCUCGAUAAGCCACCCAAAACCGCCAAAAACCGCCAAAAUAGCCAAAAUAAGCCCCGACGUCCCGUGGCCGAGCCCUUUUCAUCCUCCGACUUGAUCUCCCACUUGCUCCAUCGUCAUGACACGGGUUUACGCUCCGCCGGGAUUCACCUGUUUCUGCUGUGCUUGAUUGGUUUUUCGUUGUAUUUUUGUCGUAUCUUACCCCAUGACAGGGAUUCAAAUACAGUCCGCCUGAAGGAUCUCACCAUUCUCGUCGUUACGGAGUUUACCAUCUUUUGAGACAGGAAUCAACUUCCAGCUUGGCACUAUCGAAGAAAAGAACAAAAGCAUCAUGAAUCCCAGCUGCUUCUGCACGGUUUUCUCCUCUUCCCUGC